CCGGGCUUUCGAAAAUAUCUUGUAAACUUUCAGAACCUCACCAAACUCAUCUCGUACUGACCUCAAAACAUCACGACAAUGAAACAAGUCGUCAACUUCGCCGGCUCGGAAGUCAAAACCAAAAUUGUAGACGCACCCAUCCCCGAGCCUAGCGCCAAGCAAGUCCUCAUCAAAGUCGUCGUCUCCGGCUCCAACCCUAAGGACUGGAAAGCGCCUGAAUAUGGAGCUGCAUACGAUGGUCCUGACGAUGGUUCAUUCAUGGCGAGGUCAAGAGCUGGUGUGAACCAAGGUGAUGACAUUGCGGGGAUAGUGGAGAAAGUCGGCGCGGAUGUGAUUGAAUUCAAGAAAGGAGACCGUGUCGCAGCUUUCCAUGAGAUGGGAUAUCCUGGAGGUUCGUACGCAGAGUAUGCACUUGCGUGGGACUGGACUACUUUUCACAUUCCCCCCGGGAAAUCUUUUGAAGAAGCUGCAACAAUACCUCUUGCGGCCCUCACCGCUGCUGUAGCAUUGUUUCGCAAUCUCAAACUCCCUACACCCUGGAAUCCCGCGACUGCAUCUACACCUUUUGUGGUGUACGGUGCGAGUACGGCUGUCGGCUCAUAUGCUGUCAAGCUUGCACGCAAUAGCAAUAUCCAUCCAAUUAUUGCAAUUGCAGGAAAGGGUACUCACUACGUCAAGACGCUUCUUGAUAGCACCAAAGGCGAUGCAGUCUUUGACUACCGCGAUGGUGCUGACGAAACAAUAAGCCAGAUUCGCACACACCUGGAGGCCGGAAACUACGGUGAAGUGCGGCACGGACUUGACCCGGGCAUUGGACGUGCGAGUCAAAAGGUGUUGACGGAGAUCGUCACGCCUGAUGGAGCGAUCAACCUUGUCAUGCCAAGUGAUACGGAGGUUGGGUCUGCGACCAAGACUACGACUUCGGUAGGCGUCGUACAUAAUACGGACAAUGGGGGUCAUGGGGCGGACGCUUGCGAUCUGGGUUUGGUAACGUGUCGCUGGUUCACGAAGGCGUGGCAGGCAGGGACAUUCGAAGGGCAUCCGUUUGAAGUAAAGCCCGGAGGCCUGGAAGGCGUGGAUCAAGCGUUGAAAGACUUGAAGGACGGGAAGCAGAGUGCUGUAAAAUAUGUUUUCCGUAUUGCGGAUACGCCUGGACUUUAGGAUGAGGUAGCUUGCGUAAACGACUUCGAACUUUCCAUCCUUAACUCCAGGCAUAUGUACGCAACCUCUACCAAGAUGCUCGCUCGAUGCUUCUUCUAAACGCACCGAGGCGGCUUGUCCCUUUUAAGUAUUAAAAUCAGAGUAUAGCCCAAUUUGGUAGUUGGGCUAAGG